AUGAAUACGCCAACUGAGAACAAAGGUUGUACUUGUACUUCGUUUGCAAUUGAAAUUGGAGAUACGUUGGUGAAUUCCAUUCAAGAAAAAUUGGAUGAUGUGUCCCCAUUGUCCUCCGAGUGUUGUAUCUUCCGAGUUCCAGAACAAAUGCGCAAAAUAAAUGAGGAAGCUUAUAGACCCAGAAUGGUGUCACUUGGCCCUUUUCACUAUGGCAAACAACGCUUGGCAGAAAUGGAAGAACAUAAGAAACGGUACCUGAAAAGCCUUCUUCGUCGAAAUCCAAGUAUAAAAUUGGAAGCGUAUGUCAACACCAUGAGAGAAUUGGAAAAUCGAGCCAGAAAAUGUUACGCAGAAACCAUAAGCCUUAGCAGUGACCAAUUCGUGGAAAUGAUGCUGCUUGAUGGUUGCUUCAUCAUUGCAUACUUUUUCAUGUGCGAGAAUCCUAGCUUGAGAAGUGAGUUUGACCCCGUAUUCCACGCGGCAUGGACUGAUGCUGGUUUAUAUCAUGACAUGGUGCUGCUUGAAAAUCAAAUUCCCUUCUUUGUUCUUGAGUAUCUAUUCAAGCUAGUUAAUACCACCCUGAACUACAAAAAUUCUCUUGUUGAGCUUUCUUUCUCUGUAUUUGAAGAAUUUUUGCAGAAGGAGGACCGAGUUCCAAACCAAAACCCGAAUAGUUCCCAAGUAAAACAUUUGCUUGACUUGUUACGAAAUUACCAUCUCCCAUCAUCAGAAAGAAAGAAGCCAAAAGGUGAUCCUAUGUUUAACCUUCCCCCUACUGCAACAGAGCUUCAAGAGGCUGGAGUCAAGUUUAAGAUGAUUACAAGCAACAGCUGGUUGGACAUAAGAUUUAAUGAAGGAGUACUGGAAAUCCCAAAUAUAAAAAUCGAAGACGCUACUGAGGUUUUCCUCCGAAAUUUGUUGGCUUUUGAGCAGUGUUAUAUGAAGAAUUCAACUCUGUACUUCGUGGAUUAUUUAUUGUUUAUGGAUAGCCUGAUAAACACUUCUAAGGAUGUGGGUCUACUCCGUGGUUGUGGGAUUAUAGACAACUUGCUAGGGGAUGAUGAAGAGGUAGCACAUCUCUUUAACAAGCUUGGAAAAGGGGUUGUUAUGUCAGAAAAUGACAAUUUCUAUUAUCUCAGACUUUGCCAAGAUGUGCAGGAAUAUUAUAAGAACCCUUUGCAUAGGUGGCGGGCAAAGUUGGUACAUGAUUAUUUCAACACGCCAUGGGCGAUCAUUUCAUUCAUUGCUGCAGUUCUGCUGCUUCUUCUCACAUUCAUACAGACUAUAUAUUCAGUCAAAUCUUACAUAAAAGGGAAAUGA